AUGGCCCUGGGUGCACCGGUCCCUCUCGAGCUCCUACUGCUCCUACCGCUCUGGCCACUGCCGCAGGUGGCGUUGGGCUUCACGGACAGCAGCUGCGACAACUCGGACCAGUGCCCGCCCCAGGCCCGCUGGAGCAGCCUGUGGCACGUGGGGCUCAUCCUGCUUGCGGUCCUCCUGCUGCUGCUGUGCGCAGUGACAGCCAGCUGUGUCCGGUUCUGCUGCCUUCGGAAACAGGCCCAAGCCCAGCCACACCUGCUGCCACCAAGGCAGUCCUGUGACCUGACAAUCAUCCCCGUGGACAGCGACAGCCCUGUGCACAGCACAGUGACAUCCUAUAGCUCUGUGCAGUACCCACUGGUUAUGAGGCUGCCUAUGCCCUUCGGGGAUCUGGACUCUGAUACCAUGUCCCCACCUGCCUACAGCCUGUAUGUCCUGGACCUGCCACCCUCUUAUGAGGAGGCAGUAAAGACUGUCAAGCCCAGCCAGCAAGAUCCAGUGUCCUCCCUGAGGUCUAGCCACCCAGAGUCAGCCUCCUCCGGGAGGCCCAACCCCUUCCCUGGGGCCUCAAGCCCAGAGGCCACUCCAGAGCCCCAGGAGCCAGCCCCCAGUGACCAGGACCCCCAGCUGUAG